GUAUGUUUAAAAUAAGAAUAUGAAGUAUUUCUUCUUAUAUUUGCAGGUUGACAAGGCAGUGCUAUCCAUCAUGAGUGAUGAGCAAAUGGCUAAAUACAUCACUUCAUAUGGUGACAGAAUAGCUGUCCUCUCCUUCUGUCAACAAUCAAACACCAGCACCACCGAUAAAGAGACGCUUCUACAGAAAUUAAGAGCUAAAAUAGGAGCACGGAAAAUGAAAUCAAAGAAAAAAGGAGUGUCACAAUCAGGUGUGGUGGAGAGGAAAGCAGAGGGGAUGACGAGACCAAAGAACAAUGCAGCAGAAAAGACAACUAGAAAGAUCGAAAUCGGAUGGCUUCAUUUUACUGGCAUCGAUUACCAUCAAGUCAGGACCCAAAAUGGGGGGGGGACAAGGCACGCGAGAAUGGAGAAAGCUUCAACGGUGUCUCUGAUCCUCGAACUGGGAAAGCAGCUGUUUUUCCCAGACGGAGCCUCGACAAAGGGCCGAGCAGAAGACUUUGACUUUGUUGUCUGCGAUUUCAAAAGAAAGGAGAUUGCUUUAAAUGAAUCUAUCGGCAGUCUUUACGACCAAACUAAGUUAAAGCUGCUUAGAUUUUACAUCUGCACCAAAGAACAAGCAGCUUUAACAGAUCAGUCCUUAGAUGAGGAUUCUCAACAGUGUUUAUCCACUUCAGAUGAGGCUGUAUCUGCCAUCACUCCCAUUGAUGCAGAUGAAGCAUUUACUGAUGACCUGGAGCUUGUGCCUUCAUCACGCAGCGACAUCACUGAUCAGAACCUGCUUUUCCAGAUGCAACCAAAGUCCAAAAAACAUAGGGGCACAUCCGAGAUUGUGACUGCACAAGGUUCAACAAAAUCCCAUCUCACUCAUUCAACUCCAAAAGACAAUACAAAAGCCCACAUCGGCCAGGGGCAGGAUACUGAUUCAAGUGAUGAUGAUGUUUUGAAUCAUCUCGAGCCUUCCUCUGAUUUGCCUGACUCCUGCUUUGAAACUAUUGAUCUGACCAGUGCAGUUCUACAAUCUGAGUCUUACUCUGAUGAGCGAGACACUGUUGAAUGGGAUCCAGAAGAUGACCCUCGUGGAGCAUAUGAUGAUUGGAUAGAUGUCAUAACAUUGAAGUCUGGCAACAAUGAGGAUAUCACACAGGUAAUUUAAUUAAAAUAAGCAAAGGAAGUAGAAAUAGUAAUACCAGAAAAAAGGAAGUUUGUCCAAUGUUUGUCCAUUCUGUGAUACAGCAGAAAAAUGACGGUGCAACAUGGCGUCCUCAGCGCAACGGUCCUAUGUAGAUAGGCCUAUGUUAUCUUUUGUUAUUUUUUCUGUUUUCUUCAUUAUAUAAAAAUGUAAGUGGAACCAUCUCACCAGUGUCCCUGGAUUUCAACGGAACACUGGAAUGAAGAAGACUCGUUUAGAAACUGUUCUAUAGAUUGCAAUCUGCAAUUACAUAUUAUAUAUGUAGGGUCAAAAUGUCUGCUGUCAAAUAAUACUGCAUUCAUAAUUUAUCCUUCAGAGUGUCGACCCGAGUGGAGAACCUAUUCAGGAUAUACCACUCCGGUUGUCUCCAGCUAUUGGCCUGCCUACACCAAAUGUGCAGUCCAUACACGAGGAAGCAUUGCAAACUGCACAAGUAAGAUUAAGCACUACAAGAAUCCCUGAACACAUAAUUUAAACAGGUGUAAUAUUUUA